AUGGCUCAAGCUAAACCUGUCUUGCUAACACCAGAUACAGUGUUACGUCGAGCCGCUGUAGGACACAACACAUCUGAGGUUGAUACACAGGCAAUUAAAGCAGAACAGCUCAAUUCCUCACUGAUAUCCUCUUUAAGAGCGGUGCGUGCAGUGGAUAACAGUAACACACCAAACCCUAUCUUUACAGCCAUGUUUGACAAUAUCACUAAUCACUAUAUCGAAUACUCACAGUUCCUUAACAUAGCCUCAACGAAGACCAUCCUGCAGCUUCGUUUAGAUGCACUUAGCUAUUAUAGCAACCCCAGUGACUAUGGCAACGUAGAAUCCAAAUUUGAUACUAUUGUUGUAGAUUUCAGACCACAAACCGCUGAUUUUGAUAGAUUUGCAUUUUCAACCAUUGACUUUUUGGUGUAUCCAGGGCUUGGUGUUGAAUAUUAUAGUGGUGCUAAAUUAGCUCGUACUCGAAAUGAAAUGAUUAAUGCAAUUCCCAGUAACGCCAGCCCAUCACAAAGAGGCGACUUUAUAGCCAUUAUUGAUCAGACAAUCUCCAAGUUUCCAAAUGGUGGCAAUUUAGGGCAAUUUUACACAAAGAAGAAUCUAAUGUAA